GCGGCGGCGGCGGCGCCCGGCCCCCUCCCCCGGCGCCGGCCAAGUGAGGCGGUGAUGCGGGCGCUGGCGGCCCCGGCUGCGCCGAGAGCGGAGACACAGGCUCAAGAUGGCAGAUUCCGACUGAGGCUGGGGGGGCCGAGCUCGCGCGCCGCGUUCCCUUCUCCGUUGCCAUGAAUCGCGGACACCCCGGCCCCGAUGGCCCCCGUGUACGAAGGUAUGGCCUCACAUGUGCAAGUCUUCUCCCCUCACACCCUUCAAUCAAGUGCCUUCUGUAGUGUGAAGAAACUGAAAGUAGAGCCGAGUUCCACCUGGGACAUGACUGGGUACGGCUCCCACAGCAAAGUGUAUAGCCAGAGCAAGAACGUACCACCUUCUCAGCCAGCCACCACAACCGUCAGCACCUCCUUGCCGAUCCCAAACCCAAGCCUACCUUACGAGCAGACCAUCAUCUUCCCAGGAAGCACCGGGCACAUAGUUGUAACAUCAGCAAGUAGCACUUCUGUCACUGGGCAAGUCCUCGGCGGACCACAUAACCUAAUGCGUCGAAGCACUGUGAGCCUUCUUGAUACCUACCAAAAAUGUGGACUCAAGCGUAAGAGUGAGGAGAUUGAGAACACAAGCAGCGUGCAGAUCAUUGAAGAGCAUCCACCCAUGAUUCAGAAUAAUGCAAGUGGGGCCACCGUAGCCACUGCCACCACAUCGACUGCCACCUCCAAAAACAGUGGCUCUAACAGCGAAGGUGAUUACCAGCUGGUCCAGCAUGAGGUGCUGUGCUCCAUGACCAACACUUACGAAGUUUUAGAAUUCCUGGGCCGAGGGACAUUUGGGCAAGUGGUCAAGUGCUGGAAACGGGGCACCAACGAAAUCGUGGCCAUCAAGAUCCUGAAGAACCACCCGUCAUAUGCCCGGCAAGGUCAGAUCGAGGUGAGCAUCCUGGCCCGCUUGAGCACGGAGAGCGCCGACGACUACAACUUUGUCCGUGCCUACGAAUGCUUCCAGCACAAGAACCACACGUGCUUGGUCUUUGAGAUGUUGGAGCAGAACCUCUAUGACUUUCUGAAGCAGAACAAGUUUAGCCCCUUGCCCCUCAAAUACAUUCGCCCAGUCCUCCAGCAGGUAGCCACAGCCCUGAUGAAACUGAAGAGCCUAGGUCUCAUCCAUGCCGACCUCAAACCAGAAAACAUCAUGCUGGUAGAUCCUUCCCGACAGCCCUACAGAGUAAAGGUCAUCGACUUCGGUUCGGCCAGUCAUGUGUCCAAGGCUGUGUGUUCCACCUACCUGCAGUCCAGAUACUACAGGGCUCCUGAGAUCAUCCUUGGUUUACCAUUUUGCGAGGCAAUUGAUAUGUGGUCCCUGGGCUGUGUCAUUGCUGAGCUGUUCCUGGGCUGGCCGCUCUAUCCAGGAGCUUCCGAGUACGAUCAGAUUCGGUAUAUUUCACAAACACAGGGUUUGCCAGCUGAAUAUUUAUUAAGCGCAGGGACAAAGACAACUAGGUUUUUCAACCGUGACACAGACUCACCGUAUCCCUUGUGGAGGCUGAAGACACCAGAUGACCAUGAAGCAGAGACGGGGAUUAAGUCGAAAGAAGCAAGAAAGUACAUAUUCAACUGUUUAGAUGACAUGGCCCAGGUGAACAUGACAACAGAUCUAGAAGGGAGUGACAUGUUGGUGGAGAAGGCAGACCGGCGGGAGUUCAUCGACCUGUUAAAGAAGAUGCUGACCAUAGAUGCUGAUAAGAGAAUCACUCCCAUCGAAACCCUGAACCACCCCUUUGUCACCAUGACACACCUCCUCGAUUUUCCCCACAGUACACACGUCAAAUCAUGUUUCCAGAACAUGGAGAUUUGCAAGCGUCGGGUGAAUAUGUAUGACACGGUGAACCAGAGCAAAACCCCUUUCAUUACACAUGUGGCCCCCAGCACAUCCACCAACCUGACCAUGACCUUCAACAACCAGCUGAACACUGUCCACAACCAGGCUCCCACCUCCACCAGUGCCACUAUUUCCUUAGCCAAUCCCGAAGUCUCCAUACUAAACUACCAAUCUGCACUCUACCAGCCUUCAGCGGCGUCCAUGGCUGCAGUGGCUCAGCGGAGCAUGCCCCUGCAGACGGGAACAGCCCAGAUCUGUGCCCGGCCCGACCCCUUCCAGCAAGCUCUCAUCGUGUGUCCACCCGGCUUCCAAGGGUUGCAGGCCUCGCCCUCUAAGCAUGCUGGUUAUUCCGUGAGAAUGGAGAAUGCGGUGCCCAUCGUCACUCAAGCCCCGGGAGCACAGCCUCUUCAGAUCCAACCAGGUCUGCUUGCCCAGCAGGCCUGGCCAAGUGGGACCCAGCAAAUCCUGCUUCCCCCGGCAUGGCAGCAGUUGACCGGAGUGGCCACCCACACAUCCGUGCAGCACGCAACUGUGAUUCCCGAGACCAUGGCAGGCACCCAGCAGUUGGCUGACUGGAGGAACACGCACGCUCACGGCAGCCAUUACAAUCCCAUCAUGCAGCAGCCCGCGCUGUUGACUGGUCAUGUGACCCUCCCCGCCGCCCAGCCCUUGAAUGUGGGCGUGGCCCACGUGAUGCGGCAGCAGCCAACCAGCACCACCUCCUCCCGGAAGAGCAAGCAGCACCAGUCCUCUGCCAGAAACGUCUCCACCUGUGAGGUGUCCUCCUCACAGGCCAUCAGCUCCCCUCAGCGGUCCAAGCGCGUCAAGGAGAACACGCCUCCCCGCUGCGCCCUGGUGCACAGCAGCCCGGCCUGCAGCUCCUCCGUCACGUGCGGGUGGGGCGACGGGGCCUCCAGCACCACCAGGGAGCGGCAGCGGCAGACGAUUGUCAUUCCUGACACCCCCAGCCCCACGGUCAGUGUCAUCACCAUCAGCAGCGACACGGAUGAGGAGGAGGAACAGAAGCAUGCCCCCACCAGCACUGUCUCCAAGCAGAGAAAAAACGUCAUCAGCUGUGUCACAGUCCACGACUCUCCGUACUCCGACUCCUCCAGCAACACCAGCCCCUACUCCGUGCAGCACCGUGCUGGGCACCACGGCAACGCCUGUGAUGCCAAGGGGAGCCUGGAGAACCACUGCACUGGGAACCCCCGAACUAUCAUCGUGCCCCCCCUGAAAACCCAGGCCAGCGAAGUGCUGGUGGAAUGUGAUAGCCUGGUGCCAGUCAACGCCAGUCAGCACUCAUCCUACAAGUCCAAGUCCUCCAGCAACGUGACCUCCACCAGCGGUCACUCUUCAGGGAGCUCGUCCGGAGCCAUCGCCUACCGGCAGCAGCGGCCAGGACCGCAUUUCCAGCAGCAGCAGCCUCUCAAUCUCAGCCAGGCUCAGCAGCACAUCACCGCAGAGCGCGCCGGGAACCACCGCCGGCAGCAGGCCUACAUCACUCCCACGAUGGCUCAGGCCCCGUACUCCUUCCCGCACAACAGCCCCAGCCACGGCACUGUGCACCCCCACCUGGCCGCCGCUGCUGCAGCAGCCCACCUCCCCGCCCAGCCCCACCUCUACACCUACACGGCGCCCGCAGCCUUGGGCUCCACCGGCACCGUGGCCCACCUGGUGGCCUCCCAAGGCUCAGCGCGUCACACCGUGCAGCACACUGCCUACCCGGCCAGCAUCGUCCACCAGGUCCCCGUGAGCAUGGGCCCCCGGGUCCUGCCCUCACCCACCAUCCACCCGAGUCAGUAUCCAGCCCAGUUUGCCCACCAGACCUACAUCAGCGCCUCUCCAGCCUCCACCGUCUACACUGGAUACCCACUGAGCCCCGCCAAGGACAAGGGGAGGUGCCACCUCUCCGAGACCACGGGAAAAUGGCCAGUCCAGAAAGAGUGGGGGAGAAAAGCCUUUGGAGGACAUGUGAGCCAGAGCCCUCUCAGAGCCAUGCCAGCCAGGAAAAUCCACCUGUUCCUGACUUGGCAGCGCCAGAUGGCAGCAGAGCCCCAUCACAUCUCCUGACCAGUGACCGAAGUCUUGGCUGUAAAUGAGACCGCAUUGGCCUUGCAUCCCAAUCCCCUUGCACAGUUGACUCCCAGCCCUUCCUAGAUCUGCUGUCCUAUGGGAAAAGACAACAUAGCCUUCCAUUUAUAAAAAAAUCGCUUUGUCUACUUAAGUUGGAAGUCUCUUAUUCUUUCACCUGAUGUUUUCUUUAUUUUCUUCCAGAUCAGGAAUGAAAGUUCAUGCUGCUCAUAAAAAUAAUAUUAUUGUACUAAUUAUUUUGGUUCUUAGCAUUGUAAUUAUUAUCAUCUUCAUCAUGUUGAUAUUUUAGCUGGGGUUUUAAAUGCACAUUUCUUCCCAGUAUCUUUGUGUUUUCUCUUUAAUAUUUAAACUUAUUUUAUUAUAUCUGUGAGUCUCUGAGUAGGCAGGAAGGACAUGCAGAUGUCCAGUUUUGUUAGACAAAAAGAAAAAAAAGGAAAGACCCAGGAAUUAGAAAAAUUCUUUCUACCAUCUCUAGUCCACAACGAACCGUCAAGAAAGAUCCACCACAGACCAAAAGCUUGAAGAAAAAUCCAGGCCUUUUCUGUUUGCAGGCCCGAUUAGACUCUUGAUGACAUGGUCAUCAUCAGUAUUGUAUUUUCCUACAUUCUCAGUGGCCUGGGAAGAGUUCUGAGGUGGCAAUCCCGGGGCCCAACCCUUAGCUGUGGUUCUUUCCCACAAUCCCUGUGCUCUCCUGUGCUUCUGGAAUCUGCUAACUAGAUUCUCGGCCUGCCUCCCAUCUGAUACUUACCUGUCAUGGAAAAAGAAAGCCCUUCUGCCUAGAGCUGACCCAGAUGUCCAUCCUUUUCCCAUAACUGCACCAGGAGUGUGGCUUAUCUUCUUCAGUGCAGAGACGGAUGUCCCCUCCUGGAAGCCACUGGGUGGCAUGAACUGACAUAAGGGUGCUAGAUAGGUGGUACCACCCCCUGGGAAACUUCAGCCUCAGUUCCCCUCCUUCUACUCACUAACAACACUGCUCACUUAUCCAGUCUCUCCCUAUUCCACCCCCCUCCCCCCAACAAGUACCUCUUCUCACCAUAGAAUUCUAGGGACAGAACUAGGAGCCAAAAGAAGGUAGAGGGGGAUGGUAAGAGGCCAGAGGAACACUGACAAGGUCAAGCAGCUCCUCCAACCUUGCAGGCAGGGUCCCCCCUGAAAGCACUGGCCAACAGAGGAGCACAGCAGGGCCUCGAAGCCAUCCCCUCAGUGUACUCUGCCUUAUGCAUGAUGGGCUUCUUGAAAUCGGCUUGAGGUGCCCACGUGCUGCCCACCAAACCCAGAAACUAUGGGCCUUAGGUUGAAAAGGUGGUUUUGCUGAAGCCUACCAAGAGCAUUGUCAGGUAGUGCUCAGCCCCGGUGGUGCUCAGCAAACAUGAGUGCAUCCUCCCUUCGUCCCCACCUGCCUUCCUUUUCUAUCCCUGGCACAGAGCUGCAAGGUCAGAAGACCCCAGUGGGAGAGGAGAGGCCAGGCUCCUUGUGCGCUCCUCAGCACUUGCCCAGAUCUCCCAUCUCUUCCUCCGGCUCUGAGUCACCCUGGCCUACCCAUCCCCAGGACCAAGCUCUCAAGUAGAGAGAUGCCAGCCUUGUCUUUGUUUAGACCACAAAUAACCUAGAGCAUCCUCUGUUCUUUACCUGCCUCUAGACGCAGAAGUAUAGCAGAGUUGAGGAGGGGAGGAUUUCCAAGGACAGGUCAAGGAGAACCAUGUACUUGUAGCCUCAGGAAGUCCGGGUGGAGGUGCUUCUGCUCAGUGGGUUAUUCCUGGACCCAUCUGGCUGUGCACACCCAUGUCUCUGCACUUAGUACCUCGUUCAGGACGUUUUGGCUGUUUCCAAGGGAAGGGGUGAGCAGGCCAACGGGUGGGAGAGUCUGAGGCUCGGUGCCGAUUAAUACUGUGAAGUGGUGCAUGUGGCUGAUCGAGUUCGGAGGGCAGGGAAGGGUUGAGGCAAAGGGACGUUGUCUCCUGGACUGUAUUUGCAUUCUGGCCUUACUGGCGGUGAGUGGCUUGCAGGCUGGGGGAGCCAGCUGGCCUCGCCCUCUUCACCCUGGAAGACUCAACCCGCCCAAACACCAGAUUGUCGGAUGUAAGGAAGGGAAGGUGAGAUUAGCACAGCUGCUAACAGGCUGAUUUCUCUUGACCAGAUCUCUGGAAGUGCAAACACUCAUUUUUGAACAAGCUUGUGGUGGAGGAUUUGGGUUGUGUGAGUGUGUGUGUGUGAGCGGAGCAGACUUUCUUGGAAACUGGAGAAAGGAGAUGAGGAGGCUUAAGGAGCUACUGCUGACGGGCUGUGGUUGGUGAAUCGAGGUGUGUCGCUGAGCUGGUCCCAGCUCUCACCCCAUGCCCUCUCGGGUGCGGAGGCCGGGGUGGGGGCCGGGGCCCCUGCUGGCCUGCCCAGGAGCUGCUAGGACAGAACACAGAAGAUAACGAGGUGCCCUCACGGAGCAGAGGGAAUUCAGCAGGGAGGCGGGGACUCUUUCCGCAGGCCUGGCCUGGGAUCUCACGAUGCCGGCCUGAGCCAUUUUGCCAGGAGACAUUCCAGCCCCGGAAGCACUUUUGCAUGCUGCUGUCGUUCUGACGUGUCUCGCAGAUUUCAGACGGGGAGGCGUCAACACUGAGCAGCCGGAGACGUCCUUACCAAAUUGGAAAGGAAGCUGUUAACUGUUCCUUUCUUUAGCCAAAGAACCCUUCUCAAAGACACCUCCAGAUAGGGACAAGAUGGCGUUCCUUCCUCUUUCCUUUCCGGGCAAUAAUGACAUCGUGAGCGAUGCAUUUCCGUUGGUCUCUCUCUUUUCCUCCCUCCUGGCAUGUAUUUUUUUUUUUUUUUUUUUUUUUUAGUAUUAUUGUUCUUGUGUUGAUUUCGAGCUGUAUUCAUCUUUCAAGAGGCGUGGAGAUUAGGACCCCUACACGCUGCUGCUGUUAGGAAGCUGGAGGCACGGCACGAACGCGGGGCUUUACUGAGCUCAGGGCCCGCGGGCGCUGACCGGAAGCUGACCGGAAGCGGCCCCUCCGCCCGGAAGUUCAACUGCGUGGGGGGCGGGGGCGGCGCACGCGGGGGCGAGGCCCUAGGACUCGCUCUUAGUCUCCACAGACCGCCGGGUCAGACCCCGGUCGGGCUCCCGGAGACUUGAAGGUGGUGAAAGACCUGGAAACGCCGUAGAAGGUUCUGGGCGCCCUUGCGCGCUGGAGCGGCCCAGGCUAGGAGAAGUCUCCCCCGUGUUUCCCGCGCCUCCCGGGAGCUCAGGAGAGCCAGCUCCGCGCCCCCUGCUCCUUGCAGACGCCCGGGAAGGGGCCCUGCUGCAGAGCUCGCUUCCUCAGAGAUGUCCUCGGCCCCCAGCUCGACGCCCGCAAGUAAGUCCUUGAGGGCCGGGCCCCAGCCCGCUGCGUCAGAGCAGCACGUUGGCCGCGGCCCAUCUGUUAGACCCUCCCCCCGAGGAAGCAAGAGGCAGCGUUUGCUGCUCGCUCGCCCGGCGCCGCCGAGCCCGUGCGGGCCCAUCUGGCGGGGCCCUCGUCGCCGCCGACUCGCCCGCAGGAGAGCACGAGGGAGAGGGAAGGAAAGGCAGUGGUGCGCCCAAAUCUCCCGAUUCCGGUGAGCUUGUGGUGAAUCAGGACUUCACCGAGAUAACCAGGUCGUCUCGCUUUUAUUAAUUAACAGCAAAGAGUGGCCUCACGUUUUCUAACAAACCAUCUAAAGAUCCUUGUGUUUACUGUGUGCCAAACACUGUGCUAAAAGUUACGCCUUGGUUAUCUCGUUUCACGGAGUCCUAGCAGCCGUAACAACCCUAUUGAAGGGGGUGGGGGCCCCCGCUCGUCCCUUUCCAGAUGAGGCAGCGGGCUCCGGAAGCUCGGUGACGUGCCCUGGGUCACACGGCUGGCGAGGGAGCCGGGUCUUGAACCUGGGUCUGCCCAGCUGCAGAACCGAGCUCGCAGCCUCCAGCCUCAGCCACCUUCUGUGUUUGUGUGCAAAGAACAGCCCUGACGGAACGCCCCCCCCCCCCCCGCGCCAUCCCAGCCCCUGGCGUGCAACCCAGCAGAAGGUCUGAAUGAAGAGGGAGCCCCCAAUUGGAUGCAAGCAAAAGGGGCAGAAUUCGUUUGACUUCUAGAGCAAACCUUAGGGGAGUUUCUUUUGAUUCAUAGUAGAAUUCAUUUCAGAUUCCUUUCCAGUGUACCAACUAGCUUUAGUAGUGCUGCUACAACAAACUUUCGAGUGAAGAAAAAGAGUGUUCUUUUCUUCUUUUAAAAAAGAAAAAUGAAUUUUUUCUUGCUUAUAGUUAAUUCUAGAAAGGCAAUACUAAAGGUAUAUAUUUUUUUUAAGAUGCUAUUUUUUACUGCACUGAUAAAUAUCAUGACAACUCUGGUCUCUAUAAUCGAUCCACUCUUCAGCUCUGGGUAGAACCAGAUGCGAGAUUCACACCAAAUUUGUAAAUACCGUGUGUGGGUCUGGUGUCCAGGAACUUUUUUCUUUGUGUAUUUAAAAAAAAAAAAAGGAAAAGGAGAAAAAAACAAGAUGACUCUUAGAAAGAGGAACGAAAUAAGGGUUUUGUUUUGUUUUGUUCUGAGAUAGUUUUCUCAAAGAAAUGGAAAGAACGGUUGUAUAAACAGAAAAAUCAGCCAACUUUUAGGUUAUAAGGAAGGAGAGUCUCUUGCCACAGUAUGAGAUUAAUAGAAAUACAGAAGCAUUUUUAAUUUGGUUGAAAGGUGACAAGAAUUUACCAAUGCUUUAGGACGAGAUUUUUAAUUUUUUAGAAAACUAUUAUCAUGUGUUAUGAAACAUCUCCUCAGUUGUUUUGGGUGGGUUUUUUGGUUUCUUUUUUAUUUAAAAAAAAAGAAAAAAAAAAAGCUUCUCUAUUGACUGGCUCCAGGCUUGUUUGCCUAAAUUCUUAGGUAGUUUACACGAGUUCUAGAACCUUCUAGAACUUUAACUCCAUUGGAAGCAAACCCAACUAAUCAGAAUUUGAGAUCCUGGUUGGUUUCAAUAGGUAUUCUGGAAUUCUAACAGAAUGCCUAAAGAUUUUUUUAAAGAAGGUUUUAGAUACAUUAUCUUACACAAACUGUGACCUAAUGGCAAUAAUUACCUCAAAUGUGGGCAUUCAUCCUGGUUUUAGCCUUUUUUGAAAUCAUGUAGCCAGCUUAAUCUUGGGAUUUAAAAGACUAUGAACUCUGUGUGGGCUAAAAAUAAUGAUUAAUGCACACCCUGGUCAUUGUUGCUUAAGUGAAUUCUGAAAAUAGUUGAUCUUUACAACAAAAACUAAACCAAGGAAGAGAUGAUUCUUUGUGUGUUGUAAUGAAAUGUGAUAUUCAAAUGCACAUGUUAAGUAUAUAUGUUUUUAGCUACUGUAAAAUGCUGUUAGCCUUCUAAGAUACCGAGAGAGCCACAUUUUAAAUGCAUAAUCUAAGUGAUUGACUGUGGAUACUUAAGCAUAUUUCUGGCUACAUUUUAUAGUUAAAGUGUUUUAUAGUUUACAUUUAAACUGGUACUUUUUAAAGAAAAUUUCUGUUUAUAACUGACACCUUCAAACCCCAGCAAUUGCCUCUUUAGUUGGAGGCCACCCCCCCUCCAAGCCAGGUGUUUUCUACCACACUGUUGUGUAGCCCAACACGAGCAUUUCCCUCCAUGUUACUGGUCUCCAUGUGAACACGAGAGAAUGUGAAAGGAUUUCUGGAUUGAAUGGGAAGGGAUGAGUCCAUAGCCUGGGCCAGAUGUGAAGACCUUAUGCCAUGUUGUAUCAACACUCGUCUCCAAAGAGGCCUUCUCUUUGAGAUCCUGGAAGAGGCAGAGAGAACAGAUACCUGGUUCAUUGAUUUUAUCUUGAUUUGAAUGUUUAAUUUCUAUCAAUCCACUGACUUCUGGUCACCAGGCAGUAGAAGACACUGGGAUUCAGGUGGUCCUGAACAUACAGCUGCUAUUCUGGGCCCCCGGCAAUAUUCUGAUUGGUGUUUGGCAAUGGGGAGUCAUAUACCCCGUGCGCCCAUAUUCAUUGGCUGGGUUUUCCAUAUAUCUGCUGUCACUAAUUCCUAUUCUCCUUCAAAACAAAAUAAAUGCGAAAGGAUAUGUUUACUCUCUACUCUUUGUCAAACUUAGAUUUGAAUCCUAGGUGGGUGGAAAGAGGGGCAGCUAGAUUCCUUCCUAGAAAUUGUAAGUGCUGCUGAGCAGGAAUGGGGCUGGGGAACCUAGGGACAGCUGGGAGAGGGGCAUGGGGCAUCGAGAACCCCUCAAAGUACAGAUGGGCGCUGUAACGCUGCAGAGAGUGGGCCCCACUGUCUUGCAGGAACAGGCUAGAAAAUGCUGGUUCCCCUACAAGUUUUGGUUGGUUUCUUGUUUUCUCUUGUGCCACAACCGAAGCCCAGAGGAUCUGCUGUGAUAAAGGGCUUUCCGUUUGCAGAUAAGACUUUGCAGACUGCAGAACACCUGGGACCAGGAACUGCUUGCGUGUGUUCCUUCUAAUGCAUUCACCUUUUCCCUGUGACCUCUGUGGACAGUAUGUCCUCAUUACAGGUUCUUGGAAGAAACAUUAGGGUAAACUAUUUUUUAUCUUUCCCUUCCUAAUAAUAGUACUCCUGUUUUCCUCUGGACUUUUCCGCAGCUUUAAACUAACCAAAUUAAUUUUAUGUCAUUGUCUUCGGGGCUUAACCAUAUGUUGAAAAACUGGAAGCAUAGAAAUUAGCUUCAAAAAAAGUGAAUACUCUGUAUCUGAAACUCAGCCUCCUCAGUUUCCUUUCAGCCGCUCCACACAGAACUCUAUUUGCGCGGCCUCCCCACUUGUCCAAGUGUAUGUCUCUGUGGCCACCUCCGCCUCCCCCCACUGCCACCACAGCCCCAUACACAGGCAACUGGGACUCCCAGAAUGCUCUCCAGAACCAGGAAGAAGGACCCAUGUGGCCUUGUGAGCAGUGGUCUUGCCUCCCCAUUAGAUACUCACCUGCUUGGUUGAAGAGGCAAUGGAUUUAUCAUUAUUAUUAUCAUUAUUAUUAUUAAUUAUUAUUAUUAUUAUUUUAAUAGUUUUUGGCUCAGGUUAUAAGGAAGAACUUGGGAAGUGGAAAGUGACUUGACCAUGCCCAUCCUUUGUAGCUUUCUGUGACUUCUGAAUGGAACAUGAAGCGUCCCCCACCCCACUUGCCUCUCCUCACUUCCAAGCAGACCACCCCAGUGGGCAUUGCCUCUGCCUCGGGGUCCCCCCACGCCCCCUUUCAUGCUCCCUCUCUCCCUCUUGCUUUUGUGUUACUGCUCAUUUUGAAGCUGUCUUCCGUGGCUUUUCCAGGGCACAAUCAUUUCUGGCCCCCAAAGCAUCUCCUCAUCCUCUUUGUGUGCAUUUUUUAACCAAAUGAAGUAGACCAGGAAGUCCUACUUUGGGGCAGCAGACUUUCUAGUUGAGUAGAAUCACUGUAUAGAUAUAGAUGUUGAUAUAUAUGUUAGUGUAUAUAUAUAUCAAACCAAAUUUCUGAUAGGAAAAGUAUAGCUUUACGGAUGAGGAGGAAGAGGAGCUUUGAGAAGUCAGGCAGCGUUGGCGUCGUAGCCGAGCCCGGGCUGGCCCCAGGGCUGCACCUUCUCCGUGCAGGCCUGAGGCUUGGCGCUGGGUUCUUGUCACCACCUCACCACAGUGGAGGCAGGUGGCCCGGAGAGGGGGCCGCCGCUCUCUCUGGGUCCCCAGCCUCCAGGGCAUAGAUGAGUGAGGGGGGCAGCAAAUCAGAAUGACUGAAAUUUUCCAUCCCAUUUUGCUUUGACCACAUGUAUUGAGCUGCAGCCUCUGAUACUAUAUCACGUUUCCAAAACUGGGAUCCAUUAGGAUGGAAAGAGAACAGAUCUGUAGAAAUGUUUACCUUUCAACUGCCCAUGAAUUACGGACACUGGAUAGAAAGACUCACUCCCCAGAAUGAGAGCCGGGAGAGGAGGAGACUGAUGAUUGGUCACCAGUCCAAGGAACAUGGCUCCCUCCCCAAGGUCACCUUGCCCACAUCUUCCUCCACCAGGUCAUCUCAGCUCAAUAGCCCUAUGAAAGCCCCGGUCUGUUGUGUUCCUUCACUGUACGGUUUCUGUAAUGAAAAGUGUUAAUCCAUGUUAAUCCUUGUGAAAAUUAUUGCGUGCAACAGUAUUUUCUCGUGUACCUCUUUUUCCUAUGUGAAUUGUCCCUCUUUUCUUUUUUAUUUAUAAAUGUCUACUUUUUUUAAAAAACAAACCAAUGUGUUGUAGACCUAUAUGUAACCUAUUCCUUAGUCUCAUAUUAUAGGUAUGUUAUAAGAAUGGAUAUUUUACUUGGCUUUAGAAUGUUUUACAAGAAAAAUAAUUCUUAACUGAUCAAGUCCUUGCUACUAAAAUGCUUGUGUUUUUCAUCAUGAUGUCGUGUGCUUCUAAAUUAAUAAUCAUUUUCGUUGUAGAAAAAUGGAGUGAAUUUAUAUUAGUCUUGGAAACUAAUAAUAGCAUUGUAAAUUUAUGAGAUGAUUUUAACAGAAAAAAAUUAUAGAAGAAUAUAGUUAUUUUAAUUGUAAUAUUACUAACUGUAGGGUGAGAAAGGGGGGUCCCGUUGUGGUGAACUAUGUUAUAGCUUGUUACUCACAGUUUCUUUUUGAUCAUUUUUUCGGUCUCUGAGGUGAAACGAGUUAUUAAUUAAAAUUUGUAAACUCACAUAUGCAUAUUGUAUAUGUGUAGAAAUGUAAUCACACUUUGUCUUGGAAUUACAUUAAACUGUUUGGAAUCACUGUA